AUGCUAGCAGUCAGCCGAGCCAGCGGAUUCCGAGCAGCCCGAGUGGUUCCUGUCCACGUGACCCGACAGCAGGUACGACACAACUCCGGCGGCCUCAACUCUCUGUGGUCGUGGUUCAAGCGAAAGGACGCUUCCAAGAAGGAGGCGGCCCCUCCCGUCAUCAAGACCAAGGAUCUGGUCAAGAACAUUGAGCAGCAGAGCAAGGCUGGCUGGGAGUCUACUGCGGCCACCGAGCAGAAGACCGAGUCCAAGGAGGAGCCCAAGUCUUUUGCUUCCGAGACCGCGGUUGAUCUGGAGGUGAUCGGCAUGCCUGCCGAACAGCUUCCCCUAAGCUCCGAGAAGCUUGCCGAGAUUGGUCUGGGCAAGUUCCAGCUCAAGCAGGCCGAAAUCAAGCCCGAGGCUGCCCUUGAGGCUCUCAAGACCGUGUCUGCAGCUGUUGUUGGCGGAAUGGAGGGUGCUCUUGACACUCUGGAGAAGCGUCUGGAGCUGGUCAAGCAGUUCCAGAAGGAAUCUGGUAUCCGAAUCCCCGAUCUCAUCAUCUCUACCGUUGCUACUCCUCAGGGCGUUGCCUCCUACCUCGAAAAGUCGCUCACCUCCAACUUCAACUACUGGGAGCCCAACGCCAUUUACCUGGACGCCAAGGACUUUGAGGGCUCCAACGUGACUGUGGUGGAUGCCCAGCAGCUCCGAAAGCAGCGACAGCAGGCCAUGGACGAUCUGGUUUCUGAGGCCGAGCAGUUUGUCGAGCAGCAUGAUAAGGAGACUUUCAAGAAGGCUCUGGAGUAA